UAAUGAGAAUUUUGUUUUUAACUCUUUAUCUUUAUAAAUCAGAGCUGUCUUUCCAUUAUAAUUCAAUUACAAACAUCCCAACAACAUUCAAUUACAGCAAAACCAAUAUUUUUUUCACUUCUCUUAUUUUUCUUCUUCUUCAAUAUAAACAAAUCCGAUUUUCUCGCCAACCAAACACCACUUUUUCCCUCUACCUAUGGCUCCUACCACCGUAACAGCUGAAAACCAACAAAAGGGGCAAUUUGUACCGAAUGAACACAAUGUUUUACAGAAACAUGUUUUGUUCUUCGAUAGAAAUAAAGAUGGAAUUGUUUAUCCAUGGGAGACUUUUCAAGGUUUUAGAGCAAUUGGAUGUGGUUUCCUCUUAUCUACUGCAAGUGCCAUUUUCAUCAACCUUGGCCUCAGCCGAAAAACUCGCCCUGGGAAGUUUCCCUCUCUACUUUUCCCUAUCGAGAUCAAGAACAUCCACAGAGGCAAACAUGGAAGCGAUUCAGGGGCCUACGACACCGAAGGAAGGUUCGUUCAUGAAAAAUUCGAGGAAAUUUUUCGGAAGCAUGCAAAAUCAAAUCCAAAUGCCCUAACAUCAAUGGAACUGAAGGCAAUGCUAAAGGCAAACAGAGAACCAAAGAACUACGCAGGAUGGCUUGCAAGCUUUACAGAAUGGAAAGUUCUGUACAUGCUUUGCAAGGAUAAGGACGGUUUGCUGCAGAAAGACACGGUUAGGGCGGUGUAUGACGGAAGCGUAUUCGAACACUUAGAGAAAGAAAAAGAAUCCGCUAAAAAGAAAACUGUUGUGUGAAAAAAAAAAAGGUUCAAUCAUAGGAGUUGGCUGCAGAAGAUUUGUGCUUGAAUGUGUUUUGUGUAAAGAUUUGUGCUUAAAUGUGUUUUAUGUAAAGAUUUGUUCUUGAAUUUGUUUCUAUGGAAGCUAUGUAAUGAUUGAUGAUUGUUAAGCAAUUUUUACAGAAAAUUAAUUUUAUUAAUUUAUUAAA